GAAACCCGAGAGAAAUAUAGAGUGACGAGAUUCAUUCAUUAUCUCUAUAAGCCGACGAGAGAUCCCCGAUUGUAUUUAAAGCCGGUCUGGGACUGAAGCCGAGCUCAUUGUAGAUCGUCGCUAGCUGGCGAUCGGUUCAUUUUUUUCAGUUCGCGUGUGAUCCACUUCAAAAUGAUGAGGUUCAUUUUGUGUGUGUUUCUUCUGCAAUAUGCCCUGCUUAUCAAUGCCACUGGUUUAUAUUCUGUGGUGGGGCCGGGCACUAUCCGAUCGAACUCCAAGUACAAUGUGGCUGUUUCCGUCCACAAGGCCGAGGGUCCCAGCAAAAUUAAUGUCAGCCUAAAUGGACCCUCCUUUAAUGAAACCAAAGAGAUUGAAGUCCUGCCAAUGGCUACUGAGAAUGUGGAGUUCGAAGUGCCCAAGCUGGCAUCGGGAGACUACAAUCUGACAGCUGUGGGAGUGUCGGGUGUUGUGUUCCGUAACACCACCAAACUGAAUCAUGCCGACGAGAAGCCCUCAGUGUUUGUUCAAACCGAUAAGGCCACCUAUAAGCCGGCUGAUCUUGUACAGUUCCGUGUCCUCUUCCUCGAUGAGAACACCCGGCCGGCCAGGAUCGAUGGGACCAUUUCUGUGGUGAUUACCGAUGGAGCUCAGAACAGGAUCAAACAGAUUUCUAAUGUCAAACUGACCAAAGGCGUGUACACCGGGGAACUGCAGCUCUCGGAGCAGCCUGUCCUGGGCACCUGGAAGCUGGCCGUCAAUGUGGAUGGAGAGGCCAGGGAAACCAAAACCUUUGAGGUUGACAAAUAUGUCCUGCCCAAAUUCGAAGUAAAAAUUGACACAGCCAAGGAUGUGGUUGCAGCCGAUAACCUGAUCAAGGCCACCAUUCGGGCCAAGUACACCUACGGAAAGCCGGUUAAGGGAAAGGCCACAGUCUCGCUAGAAUCGAACUAUGGUUGGUCUUCAACAUCCAAGCAAGAGAAGACCAUCGAUGUCGAUGGCAAGGGCCAUGUUGAGUUUAAUCUGCCGGGAUCUAUAGCAAAUUCCGCCUAUAUACCGCCCUAUAAACUGUUUGCUGUUGUCACAGAGGAGCUAACUGGCAACAAACAAAAUGCAACCGCUACGGUGAACCUCCAUCAGCAACGCUACAAGUUGCAGUCGGUAGAUAGUCCAACCACCUACAAGCCAAGCAAGUCUUUUGUGUACCAGGUUGCUGUCAAGAAUGUGGAUGAUUCCCCAGUUUUGGGUUCUACGAAAAAGGUUAAAUUAUUUUUUGAUUUGCCUGGUCGAUACUUUUCGCCUCACUAUAGCGGACACCAAAUUAAAUAUGAAGAGCCUUUGAACGAGAAUGGCAUCGCCACUUUCCAGGUUACACUUCCCGCAAAUGUUUCGAACUACUAUGCAAUUUUGGCAGAUUUUGAUGGUGUACAAGGACACUUCGGAACUAUCUCAAAAUUCCAGGAAUCGGAGAAUAGAGAACCACUAACAAUUAAGGUUAACACCAAAAAACCUCGACUGGGCGAGAAAGUUUCGUUUGAUGUGAUUUCAACUGGAAAUAUACCCUAUUUUGUCUACACAAUUGUAGCCAGGGGUAAUAUUGUCCUUAGUGAUUAUAUCGUAGUUCCCGAAGAUACUAAGAAGUACACUGUGAAGUUUACACCCACAUUUGAUAUGGUUCCCCAGGCCACGAUCUACAUACAUUAUGUUAUCGACAACGAUCUCAAAUUCGAAGAGAAAACUAUUGACUUCGAAAAGGACUUUAGUAACUCUAUCGAUAUUGUGGCUCCUGUCAAUGCAAAGCCCAGUGAGGAAGUUAAACUAAAAGUGAAAACUGAUGCCGACUCUUUUGUGGGUCUCCUUGGAGUGGACCAGAGUGUCCUUUUGCUGAAAUCCGGCAAUGAUUUUAAUAAGGAUGACAUUUUUAAUAGCCUCAACAAGUACAAGACAUCAACGCCCUGGCUCCGUGGAUAUGGACGUUAUCCUGGACAAACCUCCGGAUUGGUAACACUCACCAAUGCCAAUUAUCCCUACAAUACGGUUCGCAGGUAUACGUGGGGCGGACCAAGAGUAAUAAAUCUUCCAGGGGGAGGAGUUUUUCGUACAAACUGUUAUGGUGCCGUGCAUGGGUGCCGUGAAAACAUACCAUUCAAUGUGAGAUAUCCAAGCACAUCAGGGAAUGGAAGAUGGCGAACCAGACCAUCCGGUAGACGCUUUCGAAACCGUUUGUCUUAUACCGGUUCUAGGAGCUAUGCAUCUUCUUAUUCCUCAUAUUCUUAUGCUGAUCGAAGUCAUAAUUUUGUGCCUUCCUUUAAUUGGAAUACUACCAAAAUUCAAAAACCAGCACCAAUUCCUGAAAUUAUACGAAAAGAGUUCCCCGAUACUUGGAUGUUUGCGAAUAUUGUCGAUGAUAGCGGCUUCACCCUGACAAAGAAGAUACCUGAUACGAUAACCUCAUGGGUGAUUACCGGCUUUUCCCUGAAUCCAACUUCCGGAAUUGCUUUAACCAAGAAUCCCAGCAUGAUUCGAGUGUUCCAGCCAUUCUUCGUGUCCACCAAUUUGCCAUACUCCGUCAAGAGGGGUGAGGUUAUUUCUGUGCCUGUUGUGGUUUUCAACUAUUUGGACAAGGCCCUUGAUGUCGAUGUGACAAUGGACAAUUCGGACGGGGAGUACGAGUUCACGGAGGCCACCAACGAUGUCCUGGAGAAGGCCAGCGAUGACGUCCAAAGGACUAAGCGAGAAACAGUUCCGGCCAACAGUGGCAAAAGUCUUUCGUUUAUGAUUCGUCCCAAAAAUGUGGGAACUACGACUUUGAAGAUUACUGCCACUUCACCCCUAGCCGGAGAUACCAUCCAUCAGAAGUUGAAGGUGGAACCUGAGGGAGUGACCCAAUUUGAGAACCGUGCUGUCUUCAUUAACCUGAAGGAUCAGCCAGAGUUCUCCCAGACCGUGGAUGCAGAGAUACCCCAGGAGGCAGUACCUCAAUCGGAGUUCAUUGAGUUUUCCGUGGUGGGCGAUCUCCUGGGUCCCACACUCCAAAAUCUGGACAAUCUGGUCCGGAUGCCCUACGGAUGUGGCGAGCAGAACAUGGUCAACUUUGUGCCCAACAUCCUGGUGCUGAAGUACUUGGAAGUGACGGGACGAAGAAUGCCCGCUGUAGAGACCAAGGCCAAGAAGUUCCUGGAGAUUGGUUACCAGCGGGAGUUGACUUACAAGCACGACGAUGGAUCCUACAGUGCCUUUGGAAAAUCGGAUAAGUCUGGCAGUACCUGGCUAACUGCUUACGUGAUGAGGUCCUUCCACCAAGCCGGAAAGUACACCGAUGUGGAUCCCAAGGUCGUUAUUGCUGGCCUCGACUUCCUCGUGUCCAAGCAGAAGGAGAACGGCGAGUUCCCCGAGGUGGGAAAACUCUUUGACAACGCCAAUCAGAAUUCCUUAGCUCUCACAUCCUUUGUACUGCUGGCUUUCUUCGAGAAUUACGAACUCAUUGAGAAGUAUCAGAGCGCCAUCCAGAAGGGAGUUAACUACGUCGCCGAGGAGGUGGACAAGUCGGAUGAUCUUUAUUCUUUGGCCAUCGCCGUGGUGGCUUUGCAACUGGCCAAGCAUCCGCAGGCCGAAAAGGUUCUGGCCAAGUUGGAGACCCUGGCCAGGCAGGAGAACGAUCGCAAAUGGUGGUCCAAGGUGGAUCCGACAUCGAGUAGUGAAGUUGCCCGCGUCUACUGGAAGCCUCGUAGCAACGAUGUAGAGAUUACCUCCUACGUCCUGCUGGCUCUUCUCGAAAAGGAGGCGGCGGAUAAGUCCCUGCCCAUUAUCAAGUGGCUGAUAGCGCAGCGAAACAGCAACGGAGGAUUCUCGUCCACCCAGGACACGGUGAUAGGACUGCAGGCUCUGACCAAAUUCGCCUACAAAACUGGAUCUGGUUCAGGCAGCAUGGACAUUGAAUUUACUCCUGCCGGAGGCACUAAGGAUACCAUCAAAGUGAACCCCGAAAACUCAUUGGUCCUGCAGACUCAUGUCCUGCCCAAGAAUACGCGCAAGGUCGACUUCACAGCGAAGGGCACAGGAUCUGCCAUGGUGCAGUUAUCCUAUCGCUACAACCUGGCCGAGAAGGAGAAGAAGCCCAGCUUCAAAGUGACACCAACGGUGAAGAACUCCCCCAGCCCCCAGCUCCUUGACGUCGAUAUCUGUGCCGAGUUUGUGCCCCUGGAAGAGGCCGACAAGGAGAAGGACUCAAACAUGGCUGUCAUGGAGAUCGCCCUGCCAUCCGGUUUUGUGAGCGAUUCCGAUACUUUGGAUGGAAUUCAGAACGUCGACAGGGUUAAGAGGGUGGAGACCAAGAACUCCGACUCGACGGUUAUUGUUUACUUUGAUAGCCUGACCCCCGGCGAUGUCCGCUGCCUCCCAGUCAAGGCCACCAAGGCCCAUGCGGUGGCCAAGCAGAAGCCCGCCUCCGUGUCCCUAUACGACUAUUACGACACCGAGCGCCGAGCCACCGAGUACUAUCAGGUGGCCUCCUCCUUGUGCGAUAUUUGCCAAGGAUCCGAUUGCGGCGAGGGCUGCAAAAAGAGUGCCUAAGAUCCGUAAUAAAUAAUAUUUUUUUAAUAAUGUUAAAAGUCAUAUAAACUGGCCUUGAAAACAAUAAAGCUUAAAUAAAAUAAAUAAAUGAA